AUGGAUGUGCCACAUAAUUUCUUCAAAAUUAUCGAUGUUUUACUAAAUCAUAACAUCCGUUUGAGACACAAAUUAGGUGAUAGAGUACGAUUAACUUCGUAUGAUAGUACGAUUGUAACAAUACAAUUACAAACAAUCGAUGGAGAAACAUAUUUGACUAAUGGAUGGGAGCAAUUUUCUGACCAUCAUAACUUACAGGAUGGUUUUGUUGUAGUAUUUGAAUAUAAUGGAAAUUCAAUGUUCAAUAUGAGGAUAUUUGAUCAUUCUAGAUCAGAUGUUACAUAUGGCUCUGAUUUUGAAGAAGAUGAGGCUUUACAUCUGGAUAAUCUUGCAUUCGAAAUAACAUUGAUGCUCAAUCAGAACAAUCGUCUAGAAAUUUCUAUUCCAGGAAGGUUUGCAAGACACCAACUACCAAGAUAUGUGCGGAAUGUUCGGCUCCAUGAUUCUCUACAUCAAAAUUGGAAUAUCACUGCAAAUUCAAGACCAAACGGUGUGAUGUGCCGACUUACUAUAGGUGGGGCCAAUUUUUUGACAGAGAAGGAACUACAAAUUGGAGAUACAUCUAUUAUUAUGCUAGUCAAUGCUAAAAGUUUACCAAGUGCAGACUGUUUACUCACCGAACAGCGCAUAUUACAACUUACUUCAAGCGAAAUUUUGAAUCUUGAAUGUCCUGUUCUACCAGCUGGUAAUAGAGAUGCAUCUACACCUGAUGAUGCUGUUGCUAGUGCGAUAAGAAUUCGAGAUCGUACACAAAAAGUAAUGACUUGUUCAAAUAUGAUUUUCUAG